UUGAUUAUUACAUGGGAAGAUGGCUGAGACAAAUAAAAGGAACAUAGAGGUCCUACAAGGAGUUGACAGACUUCGAGUGGGGCAUAAGAAGCUUGGAUCCUGGCCAAACCAUGUUGUUUAACUACAACCAUCGAAUAUGCAAAGUCAAGUUUGUCAAUUGCUCUGUUGAAUUAUAUUUUUCAGCAAGCAUAAUGCAUAAAUAAACAAAUGUACUUGCCCAAUGCGUGAAGGAUAGUUUAAAGAACUUACCAUACACUUAUGCAUACAAGCAUUACCUUGUGUGGCCUAACGUUAGCUAAUUUACUACUGGCCUUUCAACGCUGACCUCAACAUCCAUAGCUAGUUAGAACUAGUAUAAUCGUAUCUAAAUGUUCAGAGAAUAUCAAUACACAGUGUUGGGCAUUGAUUGGAUGUUUAUUAACAUGCAUUGAUGGCAAUGCAAUGCAGGACAAAAGUAAAGCUAGUCAGUUGGCAAAGUAAUGUUCGUGUUGUGUUACAGUAGAAUUUGACUCAUGAAGGAGCGUGCAACUUUACUGUAUGCCUACUUUCAAAUAGGAACAGGCCUAAUGUGUUGACCAGACAUGCUUAGCUACAUUUCUGUCGUAUUGAGUAAAGAAUUGUAUCUGCCGAAUCCAUGGUACAACGUCAUAUUUCAUACCCCUAUCAAAAGUGUAGUAUUAUAGGCUACUUCCUAGUAUGACAUCCACUGUAAAGUGUACAGAUGCCUCUUCCUGUCCCCAAGUAGGUGCUUCUGUGUACGUAUAUCCUGUGAGUUCCAGAAAAGCUUUUGUCAAUUAAUCUUUGACAGCUGUUAAAUCAAAACACCCUAAACUUCCUGAGAAUUUGCUUCCCCAACAUUGAGUGGUGAAAGGCUGCGAAGUUCAGAUCCAGCACUGGGAGAAGGUAAAAGGUGACUAUGAAGCCCUUGAGAAUCAACUCAAAACUCUUCCAGAUGAGGUGUCCUAUGACAUCAUGGUGCCGUUUGGCCCUUUGGCAUUCAUGCCUGGGAAGCUGGUCCAUACCAAUGAGAUCACUGUGCUACUGGGAGACAACUGGUUUGCCAAGUGCUCUGCCAAGCAGGCCCAGAAGCUCUUGGAGCACAGGAAGAAACAUGUAAGGAGUGCGCUGGAUGACUUGCACAAGACGAAGAAGAACUUUGAAGCCAGAGUUGGGUUCACAGAGGAUCUUGAAAAACUCUCAGGCGCUAAAGGGGACUAUGUGGACAUCAGAGAAGAGGUUGGAAGUAUUGAAGAAUUUGUAAGCAAAGGAAAGCAGCGUGUGGCCCUUAAGCCCCACACUAAGCCCAAAAUGGAGGCUUUUGUGAAGAUUGAGGAGGAGGAGGGCGGUGGAGAGGGAGAUGGAGGGAGUAGGAAAGGAGUGCUGUCUGAGGAGGAGCUGUGGGCCAGACUGGAUGAGCUGGAAGCAAAGGAGAAGCUUGAGGAGGAGCAUGACCGACACUUUGGAAGUGCAGACACCAACGGCAAUGACGACACAACAUCCUCCUCUGAGGAAGAGAAGGAGGGAGAUGGUGGCGGCCAUCAUCGCGUCAACGGACAUGACGAGAGGCGUGAAGGCAAGAUGACUGUGCCUCACAACAGUGGCCAAGUUAACGGUACAACCAGGGACAGGGAGGAGGAGGAGGAAGACAAGGGAGAGGAGGAGGAAGGCAACGGUUUGCCUACCAUCUAUUUCUCUCAUACGGUGGAACCCAAGAAGGUGAGGAUAAACACAGGGAAGAACACCAUGUUGAAGUUCAGUGAGCUGAAAGAACAGAAGCAGCAAGCCAAGAGGAAAAAGAAGAUUGGCACCAGCAAUGGUCACUCUCACCACGGGCUCCACAACAUCACCACGCCCACAGACAUCUACAGGUUGUUUGUGGAUGUGAAGAAUGGCGAGCCCAUCCCCAGGAAGUCCAUCCUAAAGUCCCGGAGCAGAGAGAACAGUGGAUGUAGCGACACCAGUGAGAGCAGCGCUGCCGACUUCGAAGAGCGCAGGACGUUCGGACGCACCCUGAGCCACGACGAGAACACGUGCAGCGACACCAGCGACGGCAUCACCGAGGAGGACAGCCCCACCGGGAACCCUCUACACCCCACCAGACGCUUCGAGGCCUUUUCAUGCACAGUGGUGGAGAAGGAGCCCAUUCCCUUGUCGAUCCCCCACCUAACCAUCGUCCCUCCAGCUCUGCCCACAAUCCCAGAGCGGAAGCUGGAGGAGGUGGUUCCCGACGCCCCCCGUGAGGCCCCUAAGCGGGUGUCCAAGUUCAAAGCUGCCCGGCUGCAGCAGAAGUGACCCUGCAAAGCCAGUCUCCAGGAUUCACACGACUGGCCCCUUUUUAACAUAGAUGUUCUACGCCAGCACUUUGUUGAGCUGGACAGACUGUGAACCUUCUCUAAUAUCUGCCAUGUCUCUUCUUCUUUUGUCAUCACUCUUCAAGCCUUUAUUCUUCUCUUUCAUAAUGCUUUUCCUGUUAGUACACAGGGUAUCUAUUACAGUAGGACUGUUCUAUAAGAGGCAGUACUCUGUAAGAGUAGCAUAGCAUUGUUUAGAACGCUUGCGCUUAACCAUUGACCUGCCUUGUAAGGAACAUCAAGCUUUUGUUGCUAAGUAAGCACUUCAUUGCAAUAUGUAUUUAAGUCAAGAGGUUGUUUAUUUAGAGCCCUCAUCCUCCAACAUUAUGGCACUACACUAGUCCACACUUGCCUAGGUGCUCAUUUUAUGGUGGUUGCUCUCGUGUCAGUGUCUUGACAAGGCCAGUGGUUUACCACUCUAUUUGUUUGAUCCAUAAUUUUGCCUGCUAUGCUAAAAACGACAUGCUCUGUGUCAUUUAUUUUUUUCCUUUUUUUAUUUUCUACGAUUAUUCUACACAGGGUCAUAUGCUGACUGCCCUUUAUUGUCCCCAAUCCCCUUGUACCUGCUUAAUGCCCACCUCUGUGACCAGCUUUAUGUCAGAAUAAACAUUGUUGUAAACUGGAAGGAAAAUAAAAGAUUUUGAGGGAAA